AUGAACGAGCUAUCCGUAAACGACGCCUUUGAUGGCAUCGAAAUUGAGUCUUUUGAUUUCAUUUGGGAAGAAUGGGAAGAGUACAAAGGAGAUGUGCCCCUAUGGCAACAUAUAUUCUGUGGAAGUAUAGCAGGACUGAUGGAGCACGUUUUUAUGUACCCGCUGGACACGAUUAAAACGUAUAUACAAACGAACGAUCGUCUGAAAGGCAGCAGGAGGGCGUACGACCUGUGCAACAUGUACAGCCAAAAUGGUAAUGGGAACAAUUUCAACGAAAUAAAGGCUCACAAAAGUGGCUUGCAUGUGGAUAAGAAAAAAUUUUGCACGUCUAGAGGAUGUGAUGGGUGUAUUUAUAAGAAGACAUGUACUUAUGACAAUUUUUGCAACAUCAAGAUGAUGGCUCCGCUUAAUAAAAAACGUGUUGUCCACGCCAGCACACUUGGUGCUACAUCAGAUGGAUUGAGAAAGAGUAAACAAAAUUUGAGAAAAUUCCUUUGCGGCGGUUUAAAUGUAGAACAGAGGGGAGUAAGGGCCCAGGUAGUGAAUAGAAAAUUUCAACCUCACAGAUACCAUAGUAGAGUAAUGAAUAAAGAGUUUGCUGCCGAGAGUAUAAGUGUUAACCAGAACAACUGGGAUAGCGGUCAGUAUAACCAAUUGGUCAGAUUAAGAAAGUAUCGAGCAUGCAAUUUGUUUGAUAAACCUCCUGGGGCUGUUGGUGACAGCUGCGCGGUGGGUAACUCCCAGAAUAUGAAAAUCCAUUCAUUAGCCAGAAGUCCUAGGAUGAUGGGGAGGAAUACCUUAAGCAGGGCUAGAAGCGGAGGAACUGUACUAACAAAGCAAGAAAUGACAAACUUCCAAAGGUUUGGAAUAACUUACGACAGGUCUGCUAGUGCUACUACGAAAUGGCAGCGUAGAGGCUACACGAAUAAGCUCAUAUGUAACAAUUAUAAGAAGGAUGGUUGCUCCUCAUCAGUUAAUUGCACAGAAAUUAAUCACUUGGGCUUAAGAAAAGUCACAGGGAGAAUUAUUUUCAAGAAUGGAAGGAACGAUGCAUCCAUAUCGGGGCGGAAAAGUCAGUACCAUAAAUAUUCCGCAAAUGGCGAAACAGUGAAAAAUUGUAAUCCUUCACAGAAGGGUUACAUUGAAAUGAAGCCUCUUCUCCGCAAUGUGGGGGCAAAUCAUAUAAUAAAAAAGAAUUUAAUGGGGAUAAGAAAGAUAAACAAUGUUUUACUAAAUGAUCUUUUGCAAAGAUGUACCCAUAGAACGAGUAACAGAAGCACUAACACUCAUUUGGUGUGUGUCAAGAGGAGCAGCGGUCUAUCUUUGAGGAGUUUACAAGGUGGUGCCGUUCCAAGCACGACGAAUGAUAAGAGAUAUUUGAUAAGUGAGUCUAACAAGGUGGGCAAGAAAACCAAUUUCUCUUUUAUCUUCUCGCAACAGAAAUGCGUAAGUAGUGGUAAUGCUGAUGGCCGAAAUAAACCAAGGUUAAGUAAUUAUUUGAAGCUGUUCCAAAGAACAAGUAAGAAUCUCCAAUUUGAUCAUUAUCUUCCCAGUGAGGCAUUUAAAAAAAGUUAUAUGUUCCAAAAAAAUAAAUGCAAUUUUUUCACCCCCGUUUUGGAAAAUAUAAAAAAGGUUCUUCUCCCAACCAAGUGCUACAAUAUUGCCAUAGGCACACCGGUGUUGUCUAAUGCCAAAGCAGUGAUGAUAACGAGGAAGGAUGGCUUCAAUUCUUAUUACUCCCUGUUAAGAAACAAUAACAACAUAUUUCGUAAUAACCUAUGUUAUGUAACCAAAAGUUAUAUUUACAGAAACUUGUUUGACAGAAGUAUCCACUCUUCUUCAUGUAAAAAUAAUUUUUACAAAAAUAGGAACUCCAAUUUUAGCUACUCCAGGUUUAGCAGAAAUGGCAAAAGCUUCAACUUCAUUAGGAGCCUAUUUCCAGAUAUGUCCAAGGGAGUGAACAUAAAAACGAGGCAAAACUGCAGUUUGAUAAGAAGCAAUGUUGCCAAUCUGUAUAAGGGGGUUAAUGUCGUCGUGUUAGGAUGCAUUCCUGCGCAUGCCAUGUAUUUCUCCACAUUUGAAUAUAGUAAGAAGUACUUCUCCAGUAUGUGCUCUAAGAAUUUGCCCAUCCAAGUUCGAGCAAACGGGGGUAGCCGCCUGGAGGUACGGAAUCACCAUAUUGAUACGAAGAAAACUGAGGGGGGGAAGUACAAAUUGGGAGACCUAAACUAUUUUGGCAUAGCCAUGUCAGGGUUUUUAGCAACCAUCGCGCACGACUUGAUUAUCACCCCCAUAGAUACGCUAAAGCAGAGGUUGCAAUUAGGCAUAAACAAAAACUCCCUUCAUUCGAUAAUGAUCCUAAGGGAACAUGGGAUCAGGAGUUUAUAUUUGAGUUUGCCAAUAACCCUGCUCAUGAACAUCCCCUACCAAAUUAUUAUGAUAUGUACAAAUGAAAAAAUGAAGAAAGUUUACUUUGAAUAUUUUUGCGGCAUGAGUGAAUUGGAUAGGAAUAACAGCCAAGGUGCGUGCACAACUGGUGGGAGCAGCGAUGGGAGUGGCUCUGCUGCAGGAGGAGGACCUACCAAGGGCGAAGCAAAGGAGGAGAGCAACAAUACGCCUACGAGCAGUGGUGCGUACCGUCUGCACAAUAGCGAAGCGAAACGCGGCGAAGUAGGCGGUUCUUCGGACAAGGUACUUAGCAGCAUAAAAAAACUUAGCGGCAUAAAAAAACUUAGCGGCAUGAAAGAACUUAGCGGCAUGAAAGAACUUAGCGGCAUGAAAGAACUUAGCGGCAAUAGUGACAAAUUGAUCAAGUUGUUCAUUGCGCAGGACACAGAUUCCGUGAAAUAUUUGAGUAAAAGUCGCGGGCAAAAGUACGCACCAAAUGGGGGGGAACAUAUUUUGCUGAUUAGCGAAACAACAUUCCAUGGGGAACAGACGAACGAGGAAAUUUUAUUUAAAAAUGUAAUCAACAAAUUAGAAAACAGUUCAAUUAAGGACCUUUCAGAAAAAUAUGACCAUAAGAUAGGCGACUCCUUUAACUUUACGGGGGCGACAUGCAAUAAUGUGCAGUUAAAGAAUAUGUGGCUAGGAAACUACAAUAAUGAUGAUGAUAAUAAUAAUACAAAUAAGAGGAAGAAGAACGAGUUUUUUAACAAACCGUUUAAUCAUAUUACAUCCUAUUUUGUAUGUGCAGGAAUUGGUGGCGGAAUAGCCGCCGUGGUAACAAAUCCACUUGACGUCAUUAAGACCAGGAUUCAGACGCAGUGCUUUAACGCAAAAGGUUUCAAUUUUUGUCGAGUGGUAUCGAGCUUGUAUCAUAAGGAGGGAUUUCGUUCCUUUUUCAAGGGAUCCAUGGCAAGAAUGGCCCUGUGUAUUCCUGCUUCGGCCAUAUCGUGGGGGACGUACGAAACGAUGAAGCGGUUUUUCAAGGUUAACUUCAAUUCCGCGUAG